UUAGGGUUAGGGUUGGGUCAGAGGUGUAUAAAUCAAGGGAGGGAGCAAUUGUCCUUGGAAAUUAAUGGGUCACCAUUGUUGCAGCAAGCACAAGGUCAAGAGGGGACUCUGGUCACCUGAGGAAGAUGAAAAGCUCUUUAACUACAUCACCGUCCACGGCCAUGCUUGCUGGAGCACUGUCCCUAGAGAAGCAGGGUUGCAGAGAUGUGGGAAGAGUUGCAGGCUGAGGUGGAUGAAUUACCUGAAGCCUGAUCUGAAAAGAGGCUCCUUCUCAGUGGAAGAAGAGAGAGUCAUCAUAGAUGUGCACAGGAUCUUAGGCAACAGGUGGGCUCAAAUAGCGAAGCAUCUCCCUGGAAGAACAGACAACGAGGUGAAGAACUUUUGGAACUCGUGCAUAAAGAAGAAGCUGAUCGCGCAGGGCUUGGAUCCGAAGACGCACAACCUAAUGCCGGCUUCGCGGCUCUCCGCCGCCGCGGCCGGAAACAACUCAGAUGAGCUUUUCCAAUCUUCCACUACUACGACAGUUCCCUUCACCAUUAGCUCCCUUAACAGAGGCUUCGAUAGGGCUAAAGGCUUCGAUAAAGUGGCCAUUCCACCUGCUCUGAUGGCGCCGCCACAGCCUAACGUGGCCUUGCACGAGAGCACAGUGCCUGCAGCUGCAUUAUCCGACCUCCAUUGCCAAGACAGCCAUGUCUUGAUGAGCUUCGCUAAUGCUUCGUCUUCUUCUCCUUCCUUAGGCCCCAUGAACUACGCUGCGGCGUCCUCCUCUUCUUUCAUCAACGAUCAAACUGGUACUUUCAUGGAUGACUGCGUGUGGGACGGCGGCGAUAUGGAGCAGCACUUCGAGUCCCUGAACCAUAUCGAGGUGGUGGGAGAUGAUGAAGUGGUGCAGAGGAAGGAUGAAGUGGUGCAAGUGCAAACCUGCACACUGGGCAACGAGAAGCAGGGGUUGAUGAUGGAAGCCUAUUGUGGUUUUGAUCUUGAGAUGAUGGACAGCUCUUUGCUGCCUUGUGGAGACUUCUACAGUGGAGGAGGAGGAGGAGGAGGAGGAUCCAUGGAACAACUGCAAUGGCAUUGCUAGGUUGUGCAAUUCCUUCACAGCUGCUUGAUUUUCUUUAAUUAGCUUGUCUUUAGUUAAUUAAUUAGUUGAGGCACAGCUACUGUGCAUGCAUCCACUUGAUGUGGCAAUUCAGGAUCUGAGAACUCAUGAACUGUGAAUUGAUAACUUUUCUAAUGCUAAAUUAUCAGAUCAUGUUUCUAAUGAUA